ACCACCAUAAAAACUGUGUACCGGUAUGUGAACAGUCUGUAAAGUCUCCUCAUACAAUUUGCUGGACUAAUCAGGACGUUAGAUAUACUACUCAUUGAGAUUAGAAGGGAUAUAAAAUGGCUGUAGCUCCACUUUCACUAUUACAAGUGUCAUCUGUUUUCAAAAGAUGUGGACUGCACAUGAUUGAUAAGACUUUGAGCCUGAAUUCCUUAAAGGGCAGAAGAUGGAAUACAGUUAUACCAUGGGAAGUAUCUUUCUUAGAUGUUAAGUCAAGGAUGGAACAGCUUUACUCCACUCCUUGUCUUCUAAGAACUACUCGUGGGACCAUGCAAUUGUCACACAGACAUUUUUCUCAACCACCCUGGCAAGUUUGGCCCUUGGGCAAACUUGACCCUCCUAAGAAGAAACAUUUGAAAGAACCCACUCAUUCAUCAGCUGUCUCUGUUCUGGAUCUUGAUACCCACACAGUGUCCUUUCUUGGUAGACUUCAUGAUGCAGAAACCCAAACAGAGGUUAUGGCAGUCCUUCAAGAGGGUGGGAAUGACCUAUCUACUGUGCACUAUGCUCGUGCUCUUGCAAGACUUGCUGAUAUUGUCCAUGAGCAAAAGCAGGAAGAAGGCCUUGUAAAAAGUACCAUACAUGGAGCUCCUGUUUUAUAUGAUUCACGGUUCAAACAUCUUUGCCAUUUAGUUCUCCAACAUUCCCGGCACCUAGGAAAUGAUUUAUUUGUAGACACACUGGAAGCAUUGCAGAAACUGAAAAUUCCUCUGAAGAGCAGCAUGAUGUACACAUUUCUAGUGCAAGCUGAACAGCGGGUCAAUACAUUCAAUGUCGCAGAACUAGCCCAGUUUGCAGGUGUUUUGAGUCGAUAUCAUUAUCAUAGGAAUGCUAGGGUGCAAGCCUUGGUUAAUGCAGUUGGUCUCUUGACACCACAACUUAUUAAUGAUUUAAGAAACUUACACCACACCCUUACCCUUAUUACAGUAGUGGGCACUUCACUGGACAGUGUAUCUCGAGGUAGAAUCGCCAACAUGCUUCUUGCCAUAUUAGCUGCAGAUGAAGACCGUUCACUGAAGGACAUUUCUCAGGCUGUCUUAGCUCUUCAUAAGAUUGACUAUAAGGUAGACAUCCUCCUGGAAUUAGCAUGCCCAGUGCUGACUCAUAAUAUGGCAGAUCUAUCAGACUCUGAUCUUUACCAUCUGCUGUGUGCAUUCAGUGGUUUGGGCCAUGCUGAUCAGGACUUCUUUGAAGUAGCAUCAGAGAGAAUCCUUGAAGACAUUGACAAGUGGAGUCCUACAUGGUUGAUCAAUGUUGCCAAAGCAUUCAGUGUUGCUGAGAUGGAAGCACCUCUUUUGUAUGAUCGUAUUAUCAGGAGAGUGAUGGAUAGUGAUGUGAAAAAGCUCAGUCUCUUGGACAUGACCAAUCUUGUCUGCAGCUUACAUGCUCUGGGCCAUAGGCCUCCAUCCAGCUGGGACUUCGGAAACUUUGUCACCAAGGCUACAGGAUCUUUGAUAGCUGAUACUUCUAGGUUAUCGUAUGCAGACUGUAGGACUGUCUUGUCUCUAGCUCAUUCUCUAGCAUCCGUGGGCUACUUUCCUUCAGAUCUGUGGCAGUUUCUCACCAGUAGAAAGUUUGCCAACUGGUUUAUGAUGGUCAAAGAUGGCAAAGAAUACAAGAACAUGGUUGGUGAUAUCAAGGUCUUAUCCGAACUCCUUAAAGACAGUCAUCUGGAUGCAGCUGACAUGUGGGCCGUUGACAUUGAGAAGUUAUUACCCUUGCAAUGAUAUUGAUUUGAUUUGAAGAUUACAGUAGUAGCCAAAUGGACAUAGUUAUUGACUUGGAGCUUCAAAUGUUGGAAAUGGAAACACUGGAAGAAUUCUAUUCUGACAGCUGGUAUCAACAACAGGGCCAUGACUUAGAAAGACUUAUGAUGGAUCCGGUCAAUCUCAACUGUAUGGAGAUCCAUCCAUUUUCUUCUACAGGAAAUUUGCACAAUCUCCUUGUAAACAGAAAGAAUCACUGUAUCUUCAAGAGAACGAUGAAUGUAUGAAUAUACAUCAUAUCUAGAAAAUAUUUUGAACAAACCAUGCAAUUUAGAUGUUGACAGUGCUAGCCAUCUAUAGUUGUGGUUGAUCGGAUGAAUCGCAACUCUGUAAGACGGGGCCCAGAUGUCUCAUAGGUUUGCAGCAUUAAUGGUUAUUAUUUCGUGGGAGAAUGGUUUUGUCCCAUGGGUUUUGUUACAAACAGAUCACUGCUCAUUCCAUAGAUACAUAUAGGUGUGAAGUUCCAAGGGACUUUCAAUGCAGAGGCAACCGACUAUUUCCCAAGUAGGUUUGACGAAAAAACUCUAAUUCUAGAGUAACACUUGAAUUCAUGAUCAUGACCUUUCGCAUCUGAAGAGCUAGUCUAGAUCUUGACAUUAGUAAUUUCUUUGGAAAACCCUACACUCACUCAUUGCAUUGGUACACCAAUACAGCAUUCCUCUUUAUACCUUAUUCUAGAAUGAGAGAAGGUGAAAUGAGGAGUACUGGUGUACCAAAUACAAUGAGUGAGUGUGGGGUUUUCCCAAAAAAAUAACUACUAAUGUCCAGGGCUCCGUAACACAAAGGUUUACAAUCAGUCGCUAAAUACCAAUCACCAAUCAAGAUCAUAGUUGCAUGCGCACUCUGUUUAAAAAACUGACCCGGAACCAAUCAGUGCGGUUCUUUCAUAUUUGCAAUUCAUUGCAAACCUUUGUGUUACGGAGCCCUGAUCUAGACUACUGAAGAGCCUUUCUUAGAGCCAAAGAUUUAUUCAUGUUGCUUUAACCACCUAUGAGAUACCAUAGUUAACUCUUUCUAAUAAAAAUUAAAAAAAACAGAUUUAUGUGAUUAGAUUGUUAGUCUUCAAAAGAUGAACCAAAAAUAUUGCUGGUUAUUUGUUGAUUUUGUGUGACACUUCAUUCACUUAGCUAAACUUUUCAGCAUCAUAGGCAUUGUUAUGAUGAUGACGACAAGGUACGAUACCUAAUGUUAGUUCAGUGUUUUCUUGAGGGAUUCCACAGCCUAAUUUGGUUGAAACUAGAAGCCAUAGGCAUUGCAUUCACAAGGUAUGUCACUGUUCUGACAAGAUGCUGCAGCAUGAUUGAUGGCUCUUGGCCUCGGCAGCUUGACGUCUUUAUAAGCCAAUAUCUAAUUCAAUCCUUAAGUCAGAUGAAUUAGUGUUAUUUUCUUAAGAAAAUUGCUCCUAUAAUUUUGGUGGUUGAUUCAUGAAUGAGGCUUGGUACUGUACAGUAUUUAAUUCACCUCUCGGGUAGAGUUGAGCCAAAUAAUUUGACAAUGUUUGGCAGGUGAUGGAUUUGUAUGCAGUCAUCUUAAGCUGUGCAGAAAUACAAGGUAGAGCUUUUGGUUCAAUGCACUAGUAGCAUGUUAUUCGGCAGCAAAGUGACAUCAUAAUGCUCUUCAGUGAGUAUUUGACUUCCAUUUUGGUUAACUAAUCUAAAAUGCCAACUAUUGAAGUGAAUACUAAACAAGGAUAUUUCCUAGCAAAUUAUUCAGUGAAAAUCUUUGCUUCAUCUAAGUUUUGAAUUAAAUACCAGCCCAAGAACUUAUUUAUUAAAAGUAGUGAGAACACGAUACUGUACUGUCCCUGAACUACAUGUUAUUUUUAAUGUGUUUUUUGCCAGGAAUAAUGUGCAAGUGAACAAUUGUCCACACUUUUUUAAGCAUCCAAACAAUUUUGACAAUCUGUCCUUAAGGUACUAGUUGUGUAAUGAUUAACUUAUUGGUCAAUACACUUCCACUGUUAAAAAGCAGAAAAUGAAAUAUUUUUAACAAAUCUCACAAAUUCUUGCUUGUUUUUCUUCUAUAACUGAUUCUAAUUAUCCUGCAACAGUAGUCACAAAGGAAAGAAAAUGCACAUUUUCUUUAUGUGUGAUUUAGCAUUUAUUGCCUUCAAAGAACCACAAGCUCAUAUCUGGCAGUUUUUUUUUUCAUCGCACAUCAGGUCUUGUGUACCACAUCAACACAUGUAACUUCCAAUAACCUAUUCCAAAAUAACCACACGUUUUGCAACUAACAUGCACAUGCUUCAAAAAAUAUAGAGGUUCACAUGGGUUACACAUGUACUGAUACUUAACAGGAAUUCUAACAAAGAAGCAGCUGUCAGAUUCAACUGGUAAUUUCCAUUCUUGAAAAUGGGAAUUCCAAAAGGACAAUAUAGUAACUUGGAGAAGAGAAAGCAACUUCAGUUUGGGUAUUUAUAGCACACUUCAUGUUAAUGGGACAUGUACAUGUAUGUAUGAUUUAUGGAAAAACGAACAAUUCUAUCCCAAUCAAGACUUUGUUUGCUGCAAUAUGAAUGCAUAUGUUCACAAUUUUCAAGUUUCUUUUCAUACAGGGGCCCUGUUCCACAUCCCAUUGAAGCCCAUUUCAAUUCUCAGCAUCAUUCUCAAUAUAAAGUAUACUUCUGAUAAGGUUUCCAAGUGUUUGGACUUAUAAUGGUAUCAAGAGAAGAUCUUCAAUUAAAAUUAUUUCAGUCAAAGGGAAUUCAGAUAGCUUGACUGUGAAAAUUGAUCAAUUACUCCAUGGUAACAACUGUGACAUCUUUUACUUCAGUCCGAUAUUAGCACUUAAACUUGCUCAGACGUCAACAAUAACCAGGCAUGUCAAUUUAAACAUCAAAACCAUACAAAUAUCUGACUCCCAGUAUUGCAUGUACAGAAUACAUGUUAAUUUCAGCAAAUAAAAGUAAAUAUUUCUUACAGGGUCCCGACCUUCAUUUCAUAAAGGUUAUCUUGCAAAUUUAUAGAAUUCAAGUAAAGAGAUACUUGGUAUGUAAAUAUUCAUGAGAUGGAUGAUUAUCAAUUUUUCAUUAUAUAAAAAAAAUCUGAAUAAAAAGCUUAAAGCUAGCAUUCAACCAAGGUAGAUUGAUCAAACAUAUUAUUCAGGUGGAUCAUAUCCUUAUAAAUAAACAAACAACAAAGUGCAAAAAA